AUGAGAAGAAAACGCUAUUACCAGUUGUGUGUGUGUUCAUGUGUAUUAAUAUACAUUUACUACUUCUUUGGUGUUAGUGACUAUAUAUUUAGCAGAAGCUAUGUAAACAAUUUUGAUUAUCCACUUAAUGUUGACGUCCAACCAAUAGUAGAGAAAAUCUUAUCUGGUAAAAAGCCCAGUGUUAAACCUAUUAACUACUAUCCAUACAGGUUUUUGACUAAUUCAGGAAAAUGUUCUACAUUAGACCGCUUAGAUCUUUUUAUUAUCGUUAAGUCGGCCAUGAAUCACUUUGAACAAAGAUCUGCAAUACGUCAAACAUUUGGCAGAGAAGGAAUUCUACCUGGAAAAGAGAUCAAAACCCUUUUCUUCCUUGGUGUAGGUGAAUCACCAAAGUCAAUGACUCAACAUCAGAUAGAUGAAGAAAUGGCUAAAUACAAAGAUAUAAUACAAAUAGAUUUUCUUGACACAUAUUUCAAUAAUACUAUAAAAACUAUGAUGGCAUUCAGAUGGUUGUAUGAGCACUGUUCUACUUCUGAUUACUAUCUCUUUACAGAUGAUGAUAUGUAUAUCUCUGUGAAGAAUUUAUUAGAUUAUGUCCACAGUGAGUCAGAGGGAGAUAGACAGUUGUUUGCUGGUUAUGUUUUUAAAUCGGCACCUCAGCGUUACCAUUCAAGUAAAUGGAGAGUUUCUCUAGAUGAAUACCCAUGGGACAGAUGGCCACCUUAUGUGACUGCUGGGGCUUUUGUGGUCACAAAUAAGUCAAUGAAGUACUUAUAUGCUGGUAGUUUAUAUGUCAAGCAUUUUCGGUUUGAUGACAUUUAUUUGGCGAUAGUAGCUAAGAAAGUUGGGAUAAAACCAGUACAUUGCCCGCAGUUCCAUUUUUAUAAGAAGACAUACACAAGAGAUGGAUAUAAAAAUGUGAUUGCAUCUCAUGGAUAUAAUAAUAAGAAUGAGUUGCUUAAAGUGUGGAAUGAGCAAAAUACACAUUGA